AUGAAGGGCAUUUCACCCCAGUCGAUCAGCAGAACAUAUCUCAUUGUGAAGGCCCUACCUUCCAAAAAUGUUAUUUUGCAGAGAGCUUCAGUUCAACACUCUAUCGCUGCUCGUAAACCAACCGACAUGGGUAAAAACUUCGGACAAGUCCAUUCACGAGGUUAUCGCAACCCCAGCUUCGUAGCUCCUGAACCAAAGGGGACUUCAAAAUCUAGCGAUGCAUCCACAAAGAAUGAUAAUUCUGAUAUAACUACCCGCAAUCAUGCUUAUUAUCAAAGAUACAGCAUUUGUGGCUUUCAUCCCACUGUCUGCACUCCUGUCUGUACUCCCCCACAACCAACCAAGGGACUUUCUAAGGAAGACAAGAAGGCCAAGAAGACUGGUCAUAAUCAAGAAGAAAUCCAGGCCAACAGGACUAGUGAUAAACAAGAAGAAAUCUACACCAAGAAGACUGGUCAUGAACACACUUGUCCGAUCCACUCAUACAGUCGUGCUUACUACCAACAAUUCAGUAUCGAUGGAUUCUAUCACAUCGACGACAGUCCAACAGAUUCUAAACCUACCAAGAAGCCUUCUACAGUAGAACCCAAAGAUGACACUAAGAAAGACCAUGUCUGUUCUAUCACAACAUGCAACCACGCCUACUUUAGAACAUUCAGCAUCUCAGGCUUCUACCCUGCCCCAACCAGUACACCUACAAAUCCUGCAUCGAGCAAACCCACCUGCAUCGCACCCAAGAUCAGCAUGGCCGAAGCUCCAGCCCUUGCUGCAGCUUUUACUCCAUCUACUUGUUUUCACCAGAAGACAAAUGAUCAAAUGGAGCAUUUGAACUUAGAACAUGAUAUCGACACAUUCGCGCAGACAAUUGAAGAGCUUGGUUUCGAGACUCUUGGUAUUACUGGAUUUCAGGGUGUCCGAGAUGAUAUGGAAGGAGGAAAGGGUAUGAUGGAGUAUAAUGAAAACAAUAAGGAAGCUGUUAAGUCUAGAAAGGGAGGUCCAGGUCCUGUUCGUGCUGGUCUAUCUGGAUCUUGGCUUUUCCUUUUCCCGUUUUGA